UGACAGGCGGCCACCGGAGCCCGGACAGCGAGAAUGACUAAAUCCGCUCUUCAACACCAAAAGCCAUCAUUUUUUUAAAAAACACAACGUACUUCUUUAAAGGAUAUCGACGAAGUGCGACCUUUAACGCGAGGAGCGCAUUCAACAGUGCGCGGUGCGGAGCUCAAGUAGCGGACCUGCUGAAAGCUGCGCUGUGAAACAAGGUGGAGGAGUGAGUGGAUCCAUCGACUGGCGAGGACAAGACGUCUCUUCAGCAUAAUUUUAAUACUUAUAUGUUUUUUUGUUCGUCGAGACUGAGGAAAAUUGUGAGUUUCUGCGGAGUUUUUAAGGAGAAAAUGUGAUUUUUACGCGCAGAUCAAACGGAUGACGCGCAAUUCCAGCCAUGAACGCGCAUCGUGAGGCGCACGACUGAUAUCUUGAUUUCAAAGGAAGUUUUUAUCAUCGUGCCCGCGUCUGCUGGCGACUCAACUUUUCCGUGCUUGCUUUGUGAAGCCAGAUGAGAAGGCAGAGGAGCGGGAGGUGGUUGACUUAACAUGGCUGAGCCGCUGGGGCAUCAGGGGGCGCUGGCCGGAGCUCCCCAAAGCGCCUGAAUCCCAGUUGAGUUGAUUUUCUUUUCAGGAGGGGAGCUGGCAGGUGACCAGAGGCCGAUCAUGUCGAAGAGGGAUAAAUUCAACCCGGAUCCGUCCAUCCACAUAUCCAAGAUGAAUGUCAUCAUCCCAUUCUCGCCAGAUGUGCCCUGUGACAGCAACGGCCAGCGGAUGUGGUGGGCUUUCCUCGCCUCCUCCAUGGUCACUUUCUUUGGGGGUCUCUUCAUCAUCCUGCUGUGGAGGACUCUCAAAUACCUGUGGACGGUGUGCUGCCACUGUAACGCCAAGAAGAAGGAGGUCCAUCGGAUCACCACAGGCGAUGGCAUCAAACGCACCGACAAGGACGACCCAGCGGCCAGCGAGGUGGGCUGGAUGACCUCGGUCAAAGACUGGGCCGGAGUCAUGAUAUCAGCUCAGACACUGACAGGAAGAGUCCUGGUGGUGCUCGUGUUUGCUCUCAGCAUCGGAGCCCUUGUUAUAUACUUCAUAGAUUCUUCUGAUCCGAUCGAGUCCUGCCAGAACUUCUACAAAGACUUCACGUUGCAGAUCGACAUGGCAUUCAACGUGUUCUUCCUGCUGUACUUCGGCCUCCGUUUCAUUGCUGCCAAUGACAAGCUGUGGUUCUGGUUGGAGGUGAACUCGGUGGUGGACUUCUUCACGGUUCCUCCGGUGUUUGUGUCGGUGUACCUGAAUAGGAGCUGGCUCGGCUUGAGGUUUUUAAGGGCCUUAAGGUUGAUACAGUUCUCAGAAAUUUUACAGUUUUUGAAUAUACUAAAGACAAGCAACUCAAUAAAGCUGGUGAACCUGUGUUCAAUCUUCAUAAGCACAUGGCUAACCGCAGCAGGAUUCAUUCAUUUGGUGGAGAACUCAGGGGAUCCUUGGGAAAACUUCCAAAAUUCCCAGGCACUUUCCUAUUGGGAAUGUGUCUACUUACUCAUGGUUACUAUGUCCACUGUUGGCUAUGGAGAUGUUUAUGCCAAAACCACCCUGGGCCGCCUGUUUAUGGUCUUCUUCAUCCUUGGUGGUUUGGCCAUGUUUGCGAGCUACGUCCCUGAAAUCAUAGAGUUAAUAGGAAACCGCAAGAAAUAUGGUGGUUCCUAUAGUGCGGUUAAUGGGAGAAAGCACAUCGUGGUUUGUGGCCAUAUAACACUUGAGAGCGUGUCCAACUUUCUAAAAGACUUCCUACACAAGGACAGGGAUGAUGUCAAUGUAGAAAUUGUUUUUCUCCAUAAUAUUUCCCCUAAUCUUGAGCUGGAAGCCUUGUUCAAGCGUCACUUCACUCAGGUGGAGUUUUACCAAGGGUCUGUCCUGAACCCACACGACCUGGCCAGAGUCAAGAUUGAAUCAGCUGAUGCCUGUUUGAUAUUAGCCAACAAAUACUGCGCUGACCCUGAUGCUGAGGAUGCAUCCAACAUCAUGAGAGUAAUAUCGAUCAAGAACUACCAUCCAAAGAUCCGAAUAAUCACUCAAAUGUUGCAGUACCACAAUAAGGCCCACCUUCUGAACAUCCCAAGCUGGAACUGGAAAGAGGGAGAUGAUGCGAUUUGCCUUGCGGAGCUGAAGCUGGGCUUCAUCGCUCAGAGCUGCCUGGCUCAGGGCCUGUCCACCAUGCUGGCCAACCUUUUCUCCAUGAGGUCCUUCAUCAAGAUUGAAGAGGACACGUGGCAGAAGUAUUACCUUGAAGGAGUCGCCAAUGAGAUGUACACAGAGUACCUGUCGAGUGCCUUUGUGGGCAUGUCCUUCCCUGUUAUUUGCGAACUCUGCUAUGUGAAGCUAAAGCUGCUGCUGAUAGCUAUAGAGUACAAGUCUGAUCAAAGGGAAUGCAGCACCCUGAUAAACCCUGGAAACCACGUGAAAAUGCAGGAGGGGACAUUGGGCUUCUUCAUUGCCAGCGAUGCCAAAGAAGUAAAGAGGGCGCUGUUUUACUGUAAAGCCUGCCACGAUGACAUCACUGACCCCAAAAGGAUAAAGAAAUGUGGAUGCAAGAAAUUGAUAUAUUCUAAAAAUAGCUAUAAUGGAUAUAUCAAAUCAAUUGAAGAGGACCAACAGUCGGCCUUGUCGCCUAAAAAGAAGCAACGUAAUGGAGGCAUGAGAAAUUCUCCCAACUCAUCACCUAAAAUAAUGAGACAUGACCCGCUCCUCAUCCCGGGGAACGAGCAGAUUGAGAGCAUGGACGAGAACGUAAAGAAAUACGACUCCACAGGGAUGUUUCACUGGUGCCCGUCCAAAGACAUCGAGAAGGUCAUCUUGACCCGCAGUGAGGCAGCCAUGACUGUUCUGAGCGGUCACGUGGUCGUGUGCAUAUUCGGAGAUGUGAAAUCAGCGUUGAUUGGCCUCCGUAACUUUGUCAUGCCUUUGAGAGCGAGCAACUUUCACUACCACGAGCUGAAGCACAUCGUGUUCGUUGGCUCACUUGAGUAUCUGAAGAGGGAGUGGGAAACUCUUCACAACUUUCCAAAGGUCUCCAUUUUACCUGGCACACCGUUGAGUCGGGCAGAUUUGAGGGCUGUCAACAUCAACCUCUGCGACAUGUGUGUCAUCCUGUCAGCCAAUCAGAACAAUAUUGACGAUGCAUCACUGCAGGACAAAGAAUGCAUCUUGGCGUCACUCAACAUCAAAUCCAUGCUGUUUGACGACAGCAUCGGGGUCUUGCAGGCUAAUUCCCAAGGCUUCACACCACCAGGGAUGGAUAGAUCGUCUCCUGAAAACAGCCCUGUCCAUGGAUUAGUGAGGCAGACGUCUGUCACAACUGGAGCAAAUAUCCCCAUCAUAACAGAACUAGCACCAUUAGCAAAGCCAGGCAAAAAACCGCCUGUGAUUUCAUUCAGUCAGGAUAAAAGCAGUGGGACCAGCAUACAAAUGAUAACUGAGCUGGUGAAUGAUUCGAACGUUCAGUUCCUGGACCAAGAUGACGACGACGACCCUGACACAGAGUUAUACCUCACCCAGCCUUUUGCCUGCGGGACAGCCUUUGCCGUCAGUGUGCUGGAUUCCUUAAUGAGUGCUACAUACUUCAAUGAUAAUAUCCUCACCUUGAUCCGGACGUUGGUAACAGGCGGGGCGACGCCGGAGCUGGAGGGGCUGCUGGCAGAGGAGAAUGCAUUACGUGGCGGCUACAGCACGCCACAGACGCUGGCGAACAGGGACAGGUGUCGCGUGGCACAGCUGGCCUUGUACGACGGGCCCUUCGCCGACCUCGGGGAUGGUGGCUGUUAUGGUGACCUGUUUUGUAAAGCCCUGAAAACGUACAAUAUGUUGUGCUUUGGCAUCUAUCGGUUACGAGAUGCUCAUCUAAACACACAAAGCCAAUGCACCAAACGGUAUGUCAUAACCAAUCCACCAUAUGCGUUUGAGCUGGUGCCCUCAGACCUGAUAUUCUGCCUGAUGCAGUUUGACCACAACGCUGGCCAGUCUCGAACCAGCCUUUCCCACUCCUCCCAUUCGUCCCAUUCCUCCAGCAAAAAGAGCUCCUCCGUCCACUCUAUCCCAACCACCAACCGCACCAACCGCGCCAAAAGCAGGGACUCAAGAGACAAACAAAAUGCAACAAGGAUGAAUAGAGUGGGCCAAGAAAAGACAUGGUUUACAGAUGAGCCAGAGAAAUCCCUCCUGAGGACCAUACAGAUCAAGCCUGUGAAUACGCUCACCAUCAACCAAGUCAGUCAGUGUAAAUCCACAUGCAGCUUGAUCCCACCCAUCAGAGAAGCAGAAGACGAGUGCUGAGCUCCAGACCUGUGCCGACACCUGGACGCUCCGACUCCACGAGGACUCUUCAUGUAGGUACCAGACUGGGAUUUGGGGUAUCUUCUCAUCUGCAAACACAAAUCAGUUGACAUUCGAUGAGCUGGACACAAAUUGCUUUCCUCAUUCACCUCUGCAGCACGCUUACUGUACAAGCAGAUUUAGAAUCAUACAUUAAAAUUAUACAUGAAGACAAUCAUAGUCAAAUGUUGCAUCCUCUAAACUAUGAGUUUGAACAGCUAAUCUUUAGUGGUGACCAGACUCCAUGACUUUUUUUGUUCCAUUUUGGGGAAUGAGGGUCACUUGAAGGAGAAUAGCAAUGUAAAAAUAACCAGUGCUACAAAAAGAGGUGAUUAUUAUAACUGGAUCAAGUUUUGCAAUUGUAAAAGUUGCCUUUUUUGCUGUUGACGAACAACUACUUCUACUACUGCAUUUACUUUACCCAGUGUUGCAGAGUUACUCUGUACAGUAUGAUAUAAUGUGUAUUUUACAUCCAGCUGCGAUCCCACCACAAUGGCAUUGUUAGUGACUGACUCUCAGUGAUUCCUUUGCCAUUUGGAGCUAAUUCACAACAUUUGUGACAGUUAAGACAGCCAGCGUCCAUGUGUAAAUGGCAUUUGGCUCCAGCCUUAUCUCUAUCCAUUUAUAUUUGUCUUAUCUUUGCCUUUUUGAGUCGUGUGUUAUAACUGUUUUCAUGUCGCUAUAUGGUUGCAAUGUCCAAAACCCCAGAAAUCAUAUUAAGUAAAGCUUUUAAGUAUCUGCAAAGUUUCUCCAGGGGUAAAAGGUCAGGAUUUUUUUUUUUUUUUUUUUACAAUAGCCAAAUAUGAUAGAGCUGUUUUGUUGUCAACAUAACCGAAAAAUCUCACACUGAUGGAGAUAGUUGUUUUCUUAAGACACAAAAGACAGCAAAGAUAAAUAAUUUGGUAAAGCAUGGCACAUCAUGACACAUUGGUAGAUGAGUGACAGCUUCAUAUCGCAUAAAGUGGGCAUCUUAAAGUCCUCCUUUGGCUGUAAGCACUGCCUGACACAGGAUUGUCUUGGAGCCCAUUAAGCACUUGUAUGUACUCCAUGAUCAAUCUUAAUGCCAUAAUCAGACAAGUUCAUCCUUUUCAGAUAAACAGCUCUAUCAUAAACACUUAUUUUGGCUAUGUGUUUGGAUAGUUUCAUUCUUUUGGUUUGCAUAUCUGAUAUGUUCAUCCAAAAAAUGGUCUAAAGAAGCACAGAUCAUUCGUUUAAUUUUGUACAUGCAUGAGUCCAGAAUGCAGAGCUCAGAGUUGUUAUUAAUCUUGUCUUAUUGAAAUUAUUGCUGUAUUGGCACUGUUGUCACUUUACUUCAAAAUCAAUAGAGGGAAAAGAAGGUUAAAAACCUACAACACAAGCUUAAUCCACAGAGGACUCAUGUUGAAUGUGAAAGGAGAGAGGUUGUGACAUUUUUACUGGCACAGAGAACAUCCAACCCAUCCAUCCCUCAGUGCCAGUAAUGUGCCAGGCAGUGCUGAAGCCAACGGAGGACUCCAGAAGGCCCACUGUUGCGAGAAGGGGCUUUUAGUGUAGCCGAAUUCAAGCAAAAUUUGCUUUUGCUAUGAAUAAUGUUCUUUAAUUUUUGCUCAGAGACCAUUUUUUUU